GACGAUAUACUGCGGUUUCACCUUUUUCCGCCUGGCUUCUAAUUUUCUUCCUCCUUUCUCGCUAGCGGCCUGCUCCUGUUUCUCUGUCAUCCCUUCUACCAAAAUGACUACACCGGCUUCCAAUUCCGUCGCAGAUUCUUCAGACAUCAAACGCCCGAGUGAAUUCUAUGAUUCCGAUUCCUUAUUUAAGAAAAGAAUCAAGACUGGGGAGGAAUCGGAGAACCAGGUCAAUACCGCCAAAGCUUCGAAUGCAAACAGCUCUGCUCGCGAGGGCUUCUUUGAGAUAGAGGCCGAUGCCGCCGAAGAUAAAGGGUCGAGGCAUACUAUGGAGGAUGCUUGGGUCGUGCUUCAUGACGCUGCCUUUAAUUUCCCUGGAAUUUUGAGAUGUGCACAUUUUGCUAUUUACGAUGGGCAUGGAGGUCGGUUGGCUGCGGAUUAUGCACAGAAGCACUUAAAUGAAAAUGUGCUUUCAGCUGGGUUACCACGUGAGUUGUUGGAUGUCAAGUCUGCAAAGAAGGCCAUACUUAAUGGAUUUCGGAAAACAGAUGAGGCUCUUCUUCUGGAAAGUGCUGCAGGAGGAUGGCAGGAUGGUGCUACAGCUGUAUGUGUGUGGAUAUUGGAUCAAACGGUGUUUGUAGCUAAUAUUGGUGAUGCAAAAGCUGUUGUAGCAAGAUCAUCUGCAGCAGAUGGGUCCAAUCCACUUAAGGCCAUUGUUUUAACAAGAGAACACAAAGCCAUUUAUCCACAAGAACGUGCACGAAUUCAGAAGGCUGGUGGUUCUGUAAGUACAAAUGGGCGGUUGCAGGGACGACUUGAAGUUUCCAGAGCAUUCGGAGACCGACAAUUCAAGAAGGUGGGCGUGGUUGCAAUUCCUGAUGUCAGUUCCUUUGAUUUGACUGGCAGAGAUCAUUUCAUAAUCCUUGGUUGUGAUGGCUUGUGGGGCGUGUUUGGACCAAGUGAUGCUGUUGCUUUUGUUCACAGACUACUACAGGAGGGCCAGCCAGUCACGACAAUCAGUCGACGCCUUGUGCGCGAAGCUAUACGGGAAAGGCAAUGCAAGGAUAAUUGCACUGCAAUUGUCAUUGUUUUCAGGCAACAGUAACAGAAAGGGUCCAGAUUCUACUGAUGAGUGGAUUUAUGGUCUGGGGGUGGCACGGUGCUAGGCUUACAUGCGAGGUCUGAGGGUUUAUUUAGGACUCCAUUGUAGCUCCAGAAGAGAUUAUGUGGAACCAAAGAUUGAGAUGUUAUUUUGAUGUGAUGAGGUUGGAAUUCGACAUAAAAGAGCGGGUAGUACAGGUUUCCCAAGCAGCUGGGAGGGGGAUAAAACAAUUUAAACCUCCAUGAAAAACUGAUCCGAUCUUAAUUUGAUUUGAUUGAUAACAUGACAGACACCUGAAUUUUGUGGGCCGGUGCAUUGGAUUCUCUCAUGUGCGCACUCGAUGGCUCAUUGCUCGACGCUAGAGAGGUUCCUAGUAGUAUUCAGCAGCAGCAGCAGCUAGUCAGCUUGGCUGGCUGGCUUUAUUGUGUGUGUGUUGUGUGUCUCUAACUACAUGCAUUGUCGGAUCUUCUAAAAUGAAAAGAUGCCCAAGUCAUUAUGGCCACAUGCUCUCCAAUCAUUGCAGUGAUCUUCUUCUUCUUCUUCUUCUUCAGUUGUCUGUUACACAUACAAUUUGGUUCUUAUGUGCAAAAAGCAGUGAUGUCCUAACCUCUGUAUGAUUGACGAUCA